GGCUGCGGCUCAGAGCGACCGGAUCUGGCCGCGGGGCGGGGGAAGAUGGCCGCGGCUCUCGGAACCUCCCCGACCAUCGUGGAAUACUUCGAGGGCGAGGACUUCUACCGCUGCGGCUACUGCAAAAACGAGACGGGCAGCCGCUCCAAUGGCAUGUGGGCACAUUCAAUGACAGUUCAGGAUUACCAAGCUCUUAUAGACCGUGGAUGGCGAAGAAGUGGCAAGUACGUAUACAAACCUGUUAUGAAUCAAACGUGUUGUCCUCAGUACACAAUAAGAUGCCGACCUUUACAUUUCCAGCCAUCAAAAUCUCAUAAGAAAGUUUUAAAGAAAAUGUUUAAGUUUUUGUCUAAAGGAGAAUUUUCCAGAGGGAAUAACGAAGAAGAGCCCAUGGAUUCUCAAAUGGAUGAUGCUGCGGUGGAUGAUUUUGUUCUAAAAAGCAAGUUGGACAUACAGUCUGACCAUCGACCCCUCAGUGAAGAUUAUAAUGAGGUCGUAGAGAGUGAAGUGAAGGAGAAAGAAGAAAACUUGGAAACUAAGGAAACUAAAGAAUUAAAUCAGUCACAUGCUAAAAGAGAGAAACUGGGGUCUGGUGAGCCAUCACGUUCUGUUAAAGUUGUUCCCUCAGCUCCCAAGCCAGGCAAAGGGGCUGAUUUGAGUAAGCCUCCAUGUCGAAAAGCAAAGGAUAUACGGAAAGAAAGGAAAAGGCAGAAACUCAUUCUUAAGAGUCAAACAGACAAGCUUGAAGGUUCUCAGAUUCAGCAUGAACCACAAUCUUUGCCCUCAGAAAAACCUAAAUUAAAUCAGCCUAAAUCCGUUGAAGAUUUCAUUUUUGACACCUUACCUGAGGAUGCUGCACAUCAAUUAGAGGUGAGGUUAGUACCUGUUGCCUUUGAGGACCCAGAGUUCAAGUCGUCCUUCCACCAGUCACUCUCUUUAUAUGCCAAGUAUCAAAUGGCCAUACACAAGGAUACAGCAGCUGAGUGUGGGGAAGCCGAGUUCACAAGAUUCCUUUGCAGUUCACCACUGGAGAUGAGGAAACUGAGGUUGAGAGUUAAAAGACUAGUGUGUCUGGAUGAGAUUUGGCUUCAGGCAGAGAAUCCUCCUGAGGGACCUGACUGUGGUUAUGGAUCUUUUCAUCAACAGUAUUGGCUGGAUGGGAAAAUAAUUGCUGUGGGUGUCAUAGAUGUCCUUCCAUACUGUGUGUCAUCUGUAUAUCUGUACUAUGACCCUGAUUACUCAUUUCUGUCCUUGGGAGUCUACUCUGCACUGCGGGAAAUUGCUUUUACCAGGCAACUUCAUGAGAAAACUUUUCAACUCAGUUAUUACUAUAUGGGUUUCUACAUUCACUCUUGCCCCAAAAUGAGAUAUAAGGGUCAGUAUAGGCCUUCUGAUUUGUUGUGUCCAGAGACAUAUGUCUGGGUACCCAUUGAGCAGUGUCUGUCUGCACUUGAGAGCUCUAAAUACUGUCGCUUCAACCAGGAUACAAAAGCAGUUGAUGAAGAACGAAUUAAAGAGCUUGACCAGUUACGGGUGCUUUACAAGAGAACAGUUAUGCCUUACAACAUAUAUAAAAAACGACAGAAAGGACCAAGUGAUGAAGCCAUCGUUCAACAGUAUGCAGACUUGGUCGGACAGACCUGUUCAGAAAGGAUGUUACUGUUUAGAAGCUGAAAAAAAAAGAAUUAUUAAAGAAUUAAUAUUCCACUCUCACUUUAGGUACUACAUGAUUGCACUCUAUUUUAUUAUGAUUAACACACUUCUAUAUUAAUAGAGCUGCAGGAUAAUAUUGCAACCAUCUAAAAUUAAGCAUCCUAUUUUAAUUAUUAUAUGACUCCCUUAAAAUAUUUAAAGUGAAAUGUUUGUGAAGUAUGUAAUACAGAGAGAGAUUUUUAAAAAUAUGCCUAGAUAUUUAGUCUUAUACUUGAGAUUUUGGAAGAUUGGGGAUUUUUUUUUUAUUCAAGCUACAUUAGAUUUGUCAUCUGUUGAUUCUUUAUGGUAAAUAAAAUUAUUAAGGUUCAUUUAAGUAAUUUGAAUCAUAGAUGCGCUUUGAUUUUUCAAAUCACAUUGAAAUGCAAAAUUAAAGCAUGCUAUUUGCCUGAACUCAGUUGAAAGACAGUAAUUUCAGUAAAAGAAAUUUUCCAAAACACACAUUUAAAAAGUAAGACAUUACUUAGGUUUUAGCAUCCUUGUCUUUUUGGAGAAUAUAUGUAUAUGUUACCAAAUCCUAUAGGUUAUACGUUACAGAAUAACCUUAUGUAAUGAAGCUGGAUAGUGCUUUUAAAAACAAAAACAGGAACAUUAGACAUUUUUAUUUUAAAUAUUUCAUCUGCUGAAGUUGUAGUAAUCCUUGAAAGAUGGGUUUUUAUGCAACUAUUUAGCAUUUCUUAUGAUCCAAAUUCUGUAGAAGUCAAAGGUUGAAUCAAAAAUUCCACAUUGGUUCUCUCCUUAGAAUACGAUACCUGACUUAGGUUAUUGAUGAAAAUUAAGUAUUAUCCAGCCAUAUUCCUAGCAUUACUAAAGAAUAAUAUUUAAUGAGACAUGAAUCUGAAGGUAAUCAUUCUUGUCUGAAUGCCUUCUGUCCAUUUCCUUGUCAUAAAAUUAAUUUGAAACUUUAUAGAAUGCAUAAUUAUUUUUCUGUUGUAAUAGUCUAAAUUAGUAUUUUUUUUCAGACUUCUCUUGUCACAAACUACUUGUUUAACUUAUAUUAUUUAGGAAGAUGGGAUUACCCACCCAUUGAUGCAGAAUAUUCUUUUGAUCAAAGGCUGGGGGGCAUGUCGCCUCCCUUGUUUCCCAUUCAGCAAGCCAGCCAGCCCCAGUUUUUACUGAUAGCUCCUUGUCUACUGGCCUCCUUGCAGUCUUUCUGCUCAUUCUUCUUUUCUGAAUAAAAGUAGGAGUUUGAAACUCAGUCAAAAAUCUUAUAUGAGAAGUAUACUGUACAUUUGGUUUAGACUUUUGUAUAAGACGUGAUCUUCAAAAGUCGUAACUAAGAACACUUUUCACUUGACCCAAAUAAUAUCAAGUAAUGUGAGCAAUUUUUUUGCAUCCAAAUGAAGGCUGCCCCCUUCAAGGUCACUACUUUGGGAGGCCAUACACUUCUUCCAAUAAUGCUUCCAUUGCAAAAAGCAUUUGAGGAGUCUUCUUUAGACAAUUUGCUUCACAGAUUAUGGUACAUUGUUUUGAUUAUCCACAGUAGUGGUAAGUAUUAAUAUGUUAUUUUGGUCAUAAAUAAAAUGUGGCUAUUAUUAAGUAAUGAGACUGAUUUCUUGCAUGGCUUAGACAUAAACCAAUUUAAUUUAAGUUCCUAAAGAUAAGUUCCAAAAAUAGUUUGAGCAGUGUCAGCAUUAUUGAAAUGAACUUCCAAGAUGUCUGCUUUGAAUGACAACUUUUGUGCAAAUGUGUAAGUCCUGUUUGUUUAAAAGAAAAAAAAAAACCUCAUUACUUUAUAAUGAUACUUUAUCAUAUAGUAUUU